CCACGUACAACUGUCAACGUACGUGGGAAGCUGCUCAUUACUUAUUUAGUGGCAGUUUCGUAAAUCUGGAGAACUACAGGCCCAAUUAAAUAAAUUAUCAAAUUCACAUUUCUUUUAUUUUCGCGCCUUUCGGUUCCCGCUCCGUUCUGAAACCCUUUCUCCCCUCUCUCUCUCUCUCUCUCUCUCUCUCUCACUUCACUCGCAUACACCAUUACUGCACGCACACACACAUUAAGGUUUACAGAGGAAAAGAGACGAAUCGAAGAAGGAAAUGUUCUACUCGCAUACGUUUUUGGCAAGGAAGGGCCCGUUGGGGACUGUUUGGUGUGCCGCCCAUUUGCAGCACAAGCUCAAAAAGUCUCACUACGUCAAGACAAACGUCUCUACCACCGUCGAAAAAAUCAUGAAUCCUGAAGUGCCGAUUGCCCUGAGAAUGUCAGGUCAUCUUCUGCUUGGGGUUGUGCGGAUAUAUUCGAAACAAGUUGACUAUUUUUUUGAAGACUGCAAUGAAAUAAGGAUCACAAUUAACCGUGUCUUUACAACUGUUACUGUCAAUCUUCCCAGUGAUGCCACUCAAGCUCCCUUUCAUUCCGUUACUUUGCCCGAAAAAUUUGAUCUUGACACCAUUAAAUUGGAUGAUUACAAUGUAGACUGGCGUGAAGAUUCUCAUCUGAAGAGCCAGGAUGAGAUAACUUUAAUAGAGCAAAUUCCUACCGGAAAGGAUCCAUAUAUCGUCAUUAGUUUUGAUGAGCAAGAUUUGAGGACCUCAUCAUUGAUGGAAGAUACUUUAGGAUCAGGUUCCACACCAAUGGAGGAAGAUGAUGUUCCUCGUGUUGAGUUGGAUGCAUCCGCUGCUGGUUUUGAGAGUCCAUAUCCUAGUAAUAAGUUAGGAGCUGAUGGAAGUAAAACCCCGCAAGAUGUACCAAGUGUAGAAGUCAUGCGUGAUGCUCAACAUGGUUUUGAUUUUAACAAUUCACCAAUACUGCCUGAUCGUGCUGAUCCUGACAAAUUUUUGGAGGACCAAAUCAACAGAGAUAAGGAGGUGCAAACUCCAGUUAAAGAAUUAGUGUUGCCUGAUGCACAUUUUUCUUCAUCUCAUAACCAUGAAGAGCAACACUCACCUCCGCACUUGGAUUCUGAAAUGCCUUCUGCCCAUCGUUCCCCCGAAAUGGAACUCCAACCAACUCCUGAGAUGGAAAUUCAACCAACUCCUGAGAUGGAAAUUCAACCAACUCCUCUUGUGGCAAAGGCAAAAGUUCGAAGGAAAAGAAGGCAACCUUAUGAUAUGACAACUGUUCUGAGCAAUGAGUACAUUAGUAAUACACUAGAAGAUACCAGUCGUAUUCUCCGCAAGAGAAGGAAUUGUCCUUUAUCUUCUCUUUCAAUCUGGAAGCGAAACAACAGGAGGCGGUUAGGGAAUGAAGGUUUAUUUGUUGAACCCUAUGUAACUGGGUCUUCUGCUGAGCUGCAGGGUAUAUACAGGGAAGACUCUUGUGCUAAACAUCAUCUAGUUACUAUCCAGGAAACAUUCCAAGAGACAAAUGCUGACCAACCCUCUACUUCUAGGCAUAACAGUGAUAUUGAGAUUGAAGUCCUUCGCAAUAAUGAUCGUGCUUCACCAGAGAGAUGUAUGCCAUCUUUUUCUACUCCUGUGCCUUCUCCAAGUGGAAGAAGUCAUUUCACUCCUGAAAAAUCCAAUGCGGCUUCAUUAUCUGAACGUCUGGAAAUGACUGAUGGGGAUAGAACAUUACCAACAUCCGAUGUGGGAGCAUCUGGGAAUCUUGAUUCGGGAAUGAGAACCCCAGAUACAUUCUAUGAAAAUGAUAUGCAGUUCGACAACACAGUCCUUUCUGAUAUACCUGAGCUGGUGCCUUCUGGCGGAGAUCUUGGGUUUCUAGAGCAAGAUGAUGAUUCUCCAGCUGGAUUGCAAGGAACACCGCAAGUUGGUGUUUUCCCAGGGAAUCAAAGCAGCACAGAGCUUAAUGCAUUGUCUUCACGAACAAGGGCUGUGGCUCAGUACUUGAAAAAGCAGUCAGUAACCCCGAUCUCAGGCACCUUAGAAGAAUCAUCUGAAGAUCUCAGUUUGGAAAAGAUUCUGAAUGACAAACCAAGAAAAAUAUGUGCGCGGAUGUUUUAUGAGACAUUGGUUUUGAAGAAUUAUGGGCUUGUAGAUGUUCAUCAAGAGAAACCGUACGAUGAUAUCGUUCUAAAGGUGACUCCCAAGCUGUCGAAGGAGCAAUUCUCAGUCUAACAAGGCACAUCAGUUUUUCAUGUAAAUAUAGGUAAGAGAUGAUGUUUGUUUAAGAAAAGUUAUUUAAUUUGUGGCAUCAUGUUCAAUGAAAUGCUUGUGGCUCUUAUCUUGAAUAAUCUGCCUUGAAAUGCUGGUGGAUUUGUACACCAAUAAUGUCACCCCAUGAAGGAUUUGUAGAGUAGGGAAUUUUUUAAGUUUAUACUUACAUUUCAUUUCGAUUAUUGUUUCAUACCUUUUCUAUAGGAGUAAAAAUAGUUUAGCUUCUCUAUUA